AUGUGACAAAUAAGGAACACUGUACAGUGGCUUGUAUCGCGAGAUGAGAGAUUCCUAGUGAUGAUAAUAGUCUAUUUUGUCCGAGGAAUUCACCAGACAGGUAUUAAUAGCUGUGAAAAAUACUCCAGCUUCGUUUCCCGCUUACGAGAAAAUUAUUCAAGACACCUAACGCAGGUGAUAUUUCGAGCUCAUGUUGAACAUCAUCCAGUGGAUGCGAAAAUAACUCUACGAGACACUUCUCCCUAAGUUGAAAUUACAGAUUAUUCUGCUGCCGAGGAUGCGAUGAUGUUCGAGAUGCCUGAGCAGAUGGCUCUGACGUGAGUGCUGUGUUUUUCACUUGCUGAUAAAAAAACAAAAGAAAUUCGCCAGGUCUUUUGUCAAGAUGGGCGCAUGCGCGGCGAAGAAGGUGGCCAUUAACCCAGGGGCGGUUCUAGAUCAGGUUAUCUCACAGGCUUCCAGUGACGACUGCGUCUUGUAUAGACUUGCUGAUUACAAGAAAGGCGGACGACUGAUCGAGGAGUAUGCACGAGGAGGAGGGAAGGAGGUGGAGAGACUGAUCCUCGAGGAAUUCGGGGUUUUUAUGUACAAUCAUGGAAGAGGAAAAGAAAUUACCAGGACGGAAUACCUCAAGUGGAAAUAUCGUAACGUUCCCAAGGAUCAGAUGGUCGUCCAGAUGGAGACGAAGACGCCGUUUAAUCCGCUGAACAAGUGGGCCGAUCACGAGGCAUGCUGGCAGAUGCAGUUCCGGGGGUCUUUGGGCGAGACUCUUCUUCACGUGCUCAUCAUGUGUGACACCAAGGCGCACACCAGGGUGGCCAAGAUCCUCCUCAAGUGUUUCCCCAAGCUAGCCGUCGACGUCGUGGAAGGGGAGGAAUACUUGGGUGCGAGUGCCCUUCACCUAGCGAUCGCAUACUCCAAUAACGAGCUAGUGACGAUUCUCGUCCAGUGUGGGGCAGACUUCCGUCAAAGAGCCAUUGGUAGCUUCUUUUUGCCGAAAGACCAGCAAGUAACAGACCCCCCAGGGCCUGAAAACACGGAGUACGAGGGUUUGGCGUACCUUGGGGAAUUCCCGCUAGCCUGGGCAGCUUGCCUGGGGAACGAAACUGUCUACAAUAAACUGAUAGAUUUCGGAGCAGACCCGAAUCUCCAGGAUUCCUUUGGCAAUAUGAUACUGCACAUGGUCGUGGUCUGCAAUCAGCUGGGAAUGUUUUCCUACGCCCUACGGCACCCGAGGAACCCUGCACAGGAUGGCAUCAUGAACAUGGCUGGCCUCACUCCACUGACUCUCGCUUGCAAACUGGCGCGCUCCACCAUCUUCAAGGAGAUGCUGGAGCUGACCUGCAUAGAGUUCUGGAGGUAUUCCAACAUCACCUGCAGUGCGUAUCCACUCAAUGCCCUCGAUACCAUUCGGCCCAGUGGAGAAACAAACUGGAAUUCAGCCCUGAUGAUUAUCCUGAAUGGUACCAAGAGCGAACAUCUGGAUAUGCUGGAAGGUGGAAUCAUCCAGAGACUUCUUGAGGAGAAGUGGAAGACCUUUGCCAGGAAUCAGUUUCUGAAGCGUCUGGCCAUCAUGUUGCUACAGCUCAUUUUACUGAGUUUCUCUAUCUACCUUCGUCCUUGCUACUGUGGUCCGAUCAACAUGAAAAUGACGGACUCCGCCGUUCGAGACAAACUGUGGCAGGAGUUUUUUGAGGGCGACUUCUCCAACAUCGCCCGGUACUGCUUCGAGGCGGGAACUCUGGCGGGAGUUAUAUCCUACACGAUAUUCCAGCAGGGCGAGGAGAUCAUGAACCAAGGACUCUCCUCCUACAUUAAAGGAACCAUUGCCAACGUCCCCAAAUUCAUCUUCCUGGUGUCCAACUUGAUGAUUAUGCUAUGCGUUCCCUGUCGUGUCAUCUACUUCUUCACUCCUGAGAGAGAUCCCGUCUUCAGGGUGUUGGAGGACGAGCUGCUCGCCUACGCUGUCGCCGGGUCCUGGUUCAUGAUGAUGUUCUUCGCCGGGGCCUUGAAGCUGACUGGUCCCUUCGUGGUCAUGAUCUACAAGAUGAUAUCCGGUGACAUGUUCACUUUCUCCAUCAUCUACGGCAUCAUGCUGCUGGGAUUCACCGAAGCCUUCUACUUCCUCUACAAGAGUCCUACUCAGGAUCCCGCUUCGAAAUGGAGCACCUACCGUUCCACCUGGAUGGCUCUGUUCCACAUGACCUUGGGCGACUAUGACUACACCACAUUGAACAGCAAUAUAUACAGCGCCAUGAGCAAGUUCGUGUUCCUCGUGUUCACCAUCAUGUUGCCCAUUAUGUUGUUGAACAUGUUGAUCGCUAUGAUGGGCAAUACUUACAGCACCGUCAUCAGUAUGUCGGAGAAGGAGUGGGUGAAGGCGUGGGCGAAGAUUGUGAUCGCACUUGAACGAGCCGUCUCACAAGAAAAGCUAAAGGAUUACCUUUACAUGUACAGUCUGCCUCUCGGAGGGGGCGCUGACGGAGGCGAGGAAGCCCUCGGUGUCAUGGUCAUCAAGUGCAAGGACAAGACGAAGGCUAAGCAGAGGAAGGGUGCCCUCAGUAACUGGAAGCGCGUGGGACGUGUCACCAUCGACGCCUUACACAGAAGAGGCGUGAGCGGAGAGUUCCUUCGCAGGGAGAUGUGGGGACUCCAAACUGCAGCUUCCACGCCCGUGAAGGGACCGUCGAAGAAGAAAGGUGGAGGUGGUCUUCUUUGUAUAUCCUCAGGCCCUGACACUGUUGACAUCAUGGGAGAUGCCUUAACCCAGAGCAUGUUCGCAGGAGACGCCGAUCCCAUGAACGAACAUGACGGAAUUGGAGCACUUACAGGUGCUAUUGACCAACUGGCCUUCACUAAUGACCUCGAUUUCUCAGGAGAUGGUGUAGACGAUGAUCCGAUGAAGAUGAUCACUCCAGCUCCUGGAGAAGGGAAUGCAGCGCCAAAACCUGAAGCUCCUGAGAAGAAGAAGAAGAGGAAGCGCCAGGAUUCGAAUGGUUAUGACAAUCCCGCCUUCCUUGACGACGAGGAAUUGCUUCUUGCGGCAGCCCUUGGAACGACAGGGGGAGAGUCUGAGGACACAGACGAAGAGGACAUGCUGGAAACAAGGCGACUUGCGCAGCCUCGGAUCAUCAUACAGGCUGAAACAAACACGGCAUCUAUCACAGACCCUACUGCAAUUAAAAGUAAGGCUCCCACAGCUGCUGCUAAAGAUCCCAAAGCAGCAGCAACAGCAGCAGGAAAGGCGGCUCCUCCCGCACAGCCAGAUGUCAAUGCCCUGACUAGACCCCGCCUGCCCUCUGCCAAAAUCCGAAGGAUUGGGUCUGCCCGGAAGACUCCUGCUCGAUUUACCAUGACCUUCGACAAAAAGCUUCCCGGAACUGAGGACACUGGUGAUGGGGAGAAAUGGGCUGAAAAGAAACCAAGAAGAAAGAACCAAGUGGCGCCUUCCAGCAGCUCGGAAAGUAACGAGGAGGUCAGGACGCAAGAUGACUUGAGCGUCGGGCUGCAGUCUGGAACGGACAACACACGAGAGGAGCUGAUGGCCAAGGAGAAACUGGAGAGGCCCAAGACGUCGGUCGCUAGUGAAAAGAUGAAGAAACGAGCAACGGACGAGGUGGGGAACAUGAACAGCAUCUUACCCUGGGACAAUGAGGAUGGAGAUAUCAAAUAAUUCCUCACAAGGACAAAGGAUUACAUUCGGUGACCCCCUCAGAAGGUUACACGAGACAUAACCCGAGCAAGCACAUUGGUUACUGACAGUUGAGUGGUCCACGACUCUGCUCUUUUAGAUUAGAUGAUAUAGUUGUAGACUCGAAGAAAUAAGCAAAAUAUCAUUAUAAUAUCAAGCUUUGUCUGUUUGGCUAUAUAAACCCAUGAGCUGUACAGUUUAAUUUCAUAAAGAAUGGUAGCAUCUAACCUAUUAUUUUCAUAUGCAAAUCCAGUAACCCUAAUUAUCCCCUUUUGUACCACUGAAGCUUUGAGCCCUGAGCACCU